AACAAAAUAUUCAUCUACGCAAAAGAGUAAAAAAGCAAAACGCCUGGUUGCCCCUUUAUACCGUUGAUCUUCCCAUUCUGCCCCCUCAUUCUUUUUCGCGCCAUGUCCUCUCUUUCAAACCACUACUCCUCCCUCCUAAAACUCUGCUCUAACCCCAAUAACCAAACCCAACUCAAAAAACUCCAUUGCCUCAUCCUCAAAUCCUUCUAUUUACUCCAAGACACUUUUCUAUUGAACAAUCUCAUUUCUUCCUACUCUAAUUCCAAUCUCCUCAAAUAUGCCCGCAACGUGUUCGAUCAAAUUCCCCAUCCAAACCUCUUCUCUUACAAUGCCAUCCUCUCCGCCUACUCCAAGUCUGGCGGUCUCUCUCAGAUGAAGCGAAUCUUUGAUUUGAUGCCAUCAAAGGACGGCAUCUCUUGGAACGCUGUUAUCUCGGGCUAUGCCGCCUACAACUCUCCGCAUAAUGCGGUCCAAACCUACCGCCUUAUGUUGAGGAAUGGAAACGUGGGUCCCAACCGUAUCACUUUCUCGACCAUGUUGAUCCUCUCGUCUGCUCGGUGCUCUCCUGCCUUUGGCCGCCAGGUCCACUGCCAGAUUAUCAAGUACGGGUUUCAGUCACACAUGUUCGUGGGUAGCCCUUUGGUGGAUAUGUACUCGAAAGCGUCGCUCAUUGACGAUGCAAAGAAGGUUUUCGAUGGGAUAGAAGAGAAGAAUGUUGUUGUUCACAAUACUAUGUUGACGGGUUUUCUGAGAUGCGGCAUGGUUGAGGACUCGAGGAGGUUGUUUGAAGAAAUGAGGGAACGGGAUUCGAUUUCUUGGACCACGAUGGUUACUGGUCUUACCCAGAAUGGGCUAGAAGCGCAAGCACUGGGAUUUUUUAAAGAGAUGAGAGAGGCUGGAGUUAGUAUCGAUCAGUACACUUUUGGGAGCGUGUUAACUGCUUGUGGUGGGAUUUCGGCAUUGAAAGAGGGAAAACAGAUACAUGCAUAUAUAAUUAGGACAUGUUAUGAAGGAAAUAUUUUUGUGGGAAGUGCUCUCGUUGAUAUGUACUCAAAAUGUAGGAGUAUAAAAUCUGCAGAAUUUGUGUUUAGGAAAAUGUCGUUCAAGAAUAUUGUGUCAUGGACGGCGAUGAUCGUUGGUUAUGGGCAGAAUGGAUUCAGUGAAGAAGCAAUGAGAGCUUUUAUCGAGAUGGAGAGGGAUGGAACUGAGCCAGAUGAUUAUACUCUCGGGAGUGUGAUCAGUUCUUGUGCAAAUAUAGCAAGUCUCGAAGAGGGGGCACAGUUUCACUGCAGGGCAAUAGUUUCAGGCCUGCUUUCAUAUCUUACAGUGUCAAAUGCAAUUGUAACCUUAUAUGGUAAGUGUGGAUGCAUCGAGGAAUCUCAUCAGUUGUUUGAUGAGAUGAAAAUCAAAGACCAAGUCUCAUGGACCGCGCUAGUUUCAGGGUACGCCCAGUUUGGUAAAGCCAAAGAAACAAUUGAAUUAUUUGAAAUGAUGCUGGCAAAAGGAGUAAAGCCUGAUGGAGUAACAUUCAUCGGUGUUCUGUCUGCUUGUAGUAGGGCCGGGCUAGUAGAAAAGGGAAAAAACUAUUUCGAUUCUAUGAUAAAUGAUCAUAAGAUUGUUCCUUUAGCUGAUCAUUAUACUUGUAUGAUCGAUGUUUUUGGGCGAGCUGGAAGAUUACAAGAAGCCAAGGAUUUUAUAAAUCAAAUGCCUUGUAGCCCUGAUGCAAUCGGUUGGGCUACGCUCUUGAGUUCUUGUAGAGUUCAUAAUGAUAUAGAUAUUGGUAAAUGGGCUGCUGAGUCUCUUCUUGAGCUUGAACCCGAGAAUCCAGCGAGCUACGUAUUGCUAUCAAGUAUGUAUGCAGCUCGACAAAAUUGGGAUGAGGUAGCGAAAUUGAGAAAGCGAAUGAGAGAGAAGGGAGUAAGAAAGGAGCCAGGAUGUAGUUGGAUCAAGUACAAGAACAAAGUUCACAUUUUCUCAGCAGAUGAUCAAACCCAUCCUGAUUCUGACAAGAUUUAUGCUGAACUAGAGAGACUCAGUGAUAAGAUGGAGGGAUUAGGGUACAAGCCUGAUACGACUUUAAUUCUUCAUGACGUAGCUGAGGCUGAGAAGAGGCAAAUGCUUAGUCAUCAUAGCGAGAAGCUUGCAAUUGCCUUUGGAUUGCUUUAUAUACCAGAAGGAUUGCCGAUAAGAGUGGUUAAAAAUUUAAGGGUUUGUGGGGAUUGUCACAAUUCUUUCAAAUUUAUUUCGAAGAUAGUUGGCCGAGAAAUUCUUGUUCGAGAUGCCGUGCGAUUUCAUAAGUUUAGUGCGGGAGUUUGUUCUUGUGGAGAUUUCUGGUGAUUGAGAAUCUCUUCUGAGGGUCGCCAGUAUUUUCCAGGACAAACUUAAAUUCUUUGAUGCGAUAAUGGAUCUUUAUAAUUUGCUCGAUCUUGUUCUAACUCAGAGGUGUAAGAUAAGGAGGCAUUGAAAUUCUACAAGCGCUUGUUCUGUCGAUAAAACGUGCAAUAUGGCCUCUCUUCAUACCGAACUGG